UAUGCCAUCCCAAAAGAAGUAACUUAUCAUUUAUAUUUCAACUAAAAAAAUCCUUCCGCAGAGAUUCUAUCUCCUCCACCGCACUCCCAAACAAAUCACCUGUCAAUUGCACCGAAAGAUUUCCAGAUUCCGGCCAUUCUCUUCUCUGUGUUCUUCCCCUCUCCUUUGUGUGCUUGAUUGAUGUACAGGUUCGUUGGAGGAAAUUCAACUCGGGUGUUAAUCACUCAGAUCGCUUCCAAAUUGACAAUACGAUUGUGAUUAAAUCCUGUGCUGGAAGUGAAUGCCUAAACUGGGAUUUUGAAUUGUUGGUAUUAAUGGGCAAGACGUUGAUUACGAAGUAUCUAUCGAUUUGAAGCUGAGGUUUAAUUUGGGAAGUCAUGACUUGGGCCAUGCGGAAGGGUUUUGCUGUAUAUCCUCGAACAAUUUCUUGGAUUGCUAUUUCAGUUGGAGGAUUGGCCAUGUUCCUCAUCUUUGGCUCUUGGUUUUUAGUCUCCUACCCAUUAGGUUCCAUAAUGCGCGGGUACUUCUACGGUGUUAAUAGUUCAAAGGAUUUGGAUUUUGUAAUUUCUCUAGGAAAUCAAAAUGCUACUGUUCUUGCCCAUGACAGCAAUUUAGAUCUUGUACCAAAAAAGUUCCCUUCAGAUGAGGUUAUAGUUGACAAGAAAGUUGAAUCUGAGUCAAAUCCACCUCCUCAAAGUAGUUCAAAUACACCUGCGAAUGAUGAAAAUUCAAAUGUAAUUGCUAAGGAUUUGUUGCCCAAGUCCAAGUCACCAGAUGCCACGAAUUCGAGUAGUCAGUCAGUUCCAGAAACCAAGGAGAAGAGAGAUGAAUGGACGAUUCCUUCAGUAGUGUCUUCAAAAGAGUCGAAGGAUGAUAUCGAUACAUCUAAAUCUGAAAAUGCUGAAGCUGGUGGAUCUGUUUCCAAAGGUUCUUUAAGCAAUUCCAGUGAUACAGAUAUGGGUUCUAAAAAUCCAGAUCCUCCGCCAACUAAUGGGAGCACAGCAUCAGAUUUAGGCUGUGAUUUGUACCACGGAACUUGGGUUUAUGAUUCUGCAGGACCAUUAUAUAAAAAUAAUUCAUGCCCUGUCCUGUCACAGAUGCAGAACUGUCAGGGAAAUGGGAGGCCAGACAAGGAGUAUGAGAAUUGGCGAUGGAAGCCCUCUCAAUGUAACCUCCCAAGAUUUGAUCCUAAGAAGUUUUUGAAGUUGAUGAGUGGGAAGACACUUGCUUUUAUCGGUGACUCAGUUGCUCGAAAUCAAAUGGAGUCAUUGUUGUGCAUUUUGUGGCAGGUUGAAGUUCCUAAAAACAGGGGAAACAAGAAAAUGCAAAGAUAUUAUUUCAGGUCGACUUCUGUGAUGAUUGUUCGAAUAUGGUCAUCAUGGCUUGUGAAGCAAACAAAUGAACCUUUAGAUUUUGCCCAAGAUGGUGUUGUCAAACUUCACCUUGAUGCUCCUGAUGAUCAUUUCAUGGAAUUUGUUCCAAAUUUUGAUGUCAUUGUCAUGUCAUCUGGUCACUGGUUUGCCAAGCAGUCAGUUUACGUUCUAAAUAACGAGAUCGUAGGAGGACAGCUGUGGUGGCCUGAUAAAUCUCGUCGUAUGAAGGUCAACAACAUUGAAGCUUUUCAAAUCUCUGUUGAAACCAUUCUUACUGCUCUUGCCACAAGCCCGAAUUACACGGGACUAACGAUCGUGCGCUCUUAUUCUCCUGAUCACUACGAGGGUGGAGCCUGGAAUACUGGUGGAUCCUGUACUGGAAAAGAUAGGCCUCUUGCACUAGGAGAACGAGUGGAAAACAAAUUCACUAACAUCAUGCAUGAUAAACAGCUAUCUGGAUUCAAUGCAGCAAUUAAGAAGCUGAAAAAUAAAUCAAGGCUAAUACUUAUGGACAUCACAGAAGCUUUUGAAUAUCGGCAUGAUGGGCAUCCAGGACCUUACAGAAAUACUGACCCAAAUAAACUCACCAAACGUGGGCCAGAUGGAAAGCCACCACCACAGGAUUGCUUACACUGGUGCAUGCCGGGGCCUGUAGAUACCUGGAAUGAGCUUGUUCUUGAUAUUAUACGGAGAGAUUUUGAAGGUAACCAGCAUUUUUCUUCGUGAUAUUCCUGUUUCUGACUUCAUAUCUGGAAUUUUAGUUAAGAAAAUUAAGAGAAAAUUGAGUAACUUGUUUCCAAAGUUUAUGUUAGGCUUGAGAUGACCACAUCCUUUUGUUGUUCUUUUCUUCUCCCACACUAUCUUAUUUAUAUUCAUAUAGAGAGAGUAUUUAUUGUAACACUUGGAGGAUUGGAAGCUAAUUUAUGUAUUUUAAGGGAUUUCCCAUCCUCGUUACUCUA